AGGUUCUAUUUUCUCUCCUGUUAAAGUUUUAUAGCUCCAGAGUCCAGUUGGAUAUUUUCCUGUAGGCUGGCUGGGUAGGUGAUAAGGUUGUCAGUGAUCAACUGCUCAAGAUGAUUAUUAUUAGAUUAAUGAUGGCACUCAACCUAGUGCUGCUGUAUCCUGUUUCUGCUGAGCUCAACGUCUCAGCUGUGGGGUCUCAGUUGCUGGUCAUCCCUCUGCAUUAUUCCAACUUCAGCCUUGAUGGACCAGAUGUGCACUAUACUGCCAGCAUUGCUGGUCUGCCAGACCUGCCAUCGUGGUUGCUCCUAAGCCAGUCGUCUACAUCAGGCGUGUCUUUCCUCUUUGGUGUUCCUCCAGCUAAUGAUGCCUCUGUUGUGGUGGAAGUGAUUGCUCGUUGUCGUCAGACAUACAGCACCAGCCGCAAGCUCAUCAAUGUAAACAUUUCUGCUCACCACAACUGGCAGUACGGUGUCUCUCUGAAGCUAACUAACCUCAACCUGCCUGAGCUUCUUGCAGCCAACAGCCACCAGGAGCUCCUGCGUAUUGUGACCUCUGACCUCUGGAAUGACACUCCUCAGGCGCCGCUCGCCAUGGCUCAGGCUGCUGUCCCCCUGGCAGGCAAGCGCGCUGCUGCCGGCAGCUGGCGCCUCCACGGCAUACGAGAUGUGUUACCUGCAGCUGGUAAAUGGAGCAGACCAGAUGAGCCGCCUCAACGCAGGUCCAGCCCCGGGGCUGUCGUCAUCACGGGCCUCAUGCCUGCCGCCACUCUGGGCGACAGGGUGCCCCUGCGUCCCGACGUCAAAGAGGGAGUUUACGUGAGCUUCGGGAGCGACCGGCCCUUCUCGGAAGCUUUGCUGCAACUGCAGAGCGAAGUGUCCAUCCUCCUGAACAGGUCGCCAUGUCCGCACUACUUCAAGAAGACGUCGUACGAGCGAUACUUCAGAGCCAGCGGCUUCGCUGUGGACUGGUGCAGCUUCAGGCUGUUUGACGGCGGUGCGCUGCGGCAAGAGGGGCGGCUGGGGGCCGCCCCUGGGGACGCGUCCAGCCACCGUCUGCAGGAGGCGCUGCCUGACGUCGCCGCCGACCUGAUCAACCGCCACGCCGCUCUCCUGCCCCUCAUGCUGCGCUCGCAGGUGCCGCAGCAGUCGUACACGGGGGCGGUGGUGGAGACGGUGGUGGUGCCGGUGGUGGUGAUGCUGCUGCUAGUGACGCUUCUCACCGUCGCUCUCUGCUGUGCCCCGCUCUCACAGGACGAGACGGCCACCGCCUACGUCGACGAACUCAUCGACGGCUUUCCCAGGCGAGCGACGCUCCUGGAGCUUGCCAAGGGCCGCACCCCCCAGCACAGCCUGCAACCUAUGGAGCAACGGCCUGUCUUGAGAUCUCGGCGCUCGGAGCUGACGUGUGGCGCGUCGCUGCCUGGCGACGCUGACAACGGCUACGACACGGCGCCUGACAUCAGCAGCGACGCGGGCCCCGACAGCAGCAGCAGCGCUGACGACUCAUCCAUGCAGCUGGCGCGAAGCACGCCGAGGCGCUUCGAGGAUUACGCGACGCUCACCCGCCCCGCCCCGCCGCCAUACGCGAGCGGAUCAACGAGCUGCGUGGACGACUGAUGUUACGCCAGCGCGGACGGCAAGGAGUACAAACUUUACCUCAUCUAAACCUGGACAAGGUCAACAUGUCGGCUUUGUUGUGACAAAAAUUCGGUGCGGAUCCAAAUUUUUGUUCCAAUUCAAAUGGUUCUGGAAACUCGAAUGGUCUAAUGUUUUUACGGAGGAGAGGUUUUCUCUGCUAUUCUUAUAUGAUGAAGUUAUGUUUAGUAUCAAGAAACUUUAAUUUAUUAUACUGUUUUGCAGAUCUCAAAGUUGUAUAUUUGAAGCUGGUCUCACAACAGUGCAAUCGCCAGCAAUGAGGCUCUAAAAAAUAAUGGCGCGCAUCAACUUCAUUAAAGCUCUGAUGAUUGAAUUCAUCACUCGUUUUCUUCUUAAUUAUUGGUUAGAAUUUUUAAGAUAUGAAGUUUUGCGCAAGGCGGUGCAAAACAAUUUUUUAACUAUGCCACUUGGACCUCUCACUCGUUUUGGAUCAAGGUGAUGUCUUGAACCGAACUCGCGCCCUUAUACUAGUUGCUCUUGUUAGAUCCUGUAGAAUUUUAAUUGAUAAAUUGCUUCCUACUUUACCAAUAUCCUGUCUAGUCAAUAUACCGUCUAGUCAAAGUGGCACCUAGCUUUACGGCAGUAUUAAGCAGCGUUACUACCAUCUAGUCAUCAGUUGCCAGCCACCACCUAGGCUAUUACUAGUAAGAUUUAGGAUUUCAGUGAAUAGUUGCAAUGUCCCUUGUCACGCUUACCUCUCAAUACUACCAGCUAGUUGCGGUAGUUAGAUAGUUAUGUUCUGCUUGAAUUGUAUAAAGUGGUUCCUAACUGUGUUCCUUUGACGCUAUCUGUGUAAUUUUCAUUGUUAUAACUAUUAAUGUUAGCUGUAGUCUUUUUGUCCAUACUUGUUUGCUUCACUUAACAUUCAUCUGCCUCUGAGUAAUGUUGUUAUAGCUUAGCCAGUCUUCAGAAAAUUCUCAUUAGAUCUAAAAUUCUGAUCUUCUUAAGACUUGGCAAUUAAUGAUUGCUGUCGUGGCGCUGACUCGACAGUUAGUUUAUCUGUUGUGUACGUAGCAUAGACGUUCGGUAUUGAGAUGUUAUCCACUGCAGCUAAUUCAUCCUGUUGUUAAGCUUGAUAAUCUCAGGAAUGAGAGCAAAUCGUUCCAAUAUUAUAUGGGUAUGGCUUAUAUCUCAAAUGAAUUUCAAUUCAUGGACACUUAGGAUGUUGUUGCCCUACAAUUGAACAGCGCUUUGGAUUUUUGGAUCCACAUGGAUAUAGAAAAAAUACUUCGUCUGACAUGUUAACGCCGCUGCUUGUUGAUCUUUCGAUUAUUAUCCGUUUAGGGCAGAAGAAAGAAUUUUGA